CGCGAACGCCACCGAGUGUCUGCACACCUCGCUCCGUCUGCUAUGGCUGGUUAAAGAACCAUCCGGAUCGCAGCGCGGGGGGAGGGUCGGGUGGGGGGAGAGCGCCGGCCGCGCGUGAGGCCGAGGGAGGGGCGGCGGCGCGAGCGGCGGCGGCGGCGGUUCCAGCAUGAAGAGGAGAGCUGGCCUGGGGGGCAGCAUGAGGUCAGUGGUGGGCUUCUUGUCCCAGCGGGGCUUGCAUGGGGACCCCCUGCUCACUCAGGACUUUCAGAGGAGACGCCUGCGAGGCUGCAGAAACCUCUACAAGAAGGACCUCCUGGGCCACUUCGGCUGUGUCAAUGCCAUUGAAUUCUCCAACAAUGGAGGCCAGUGGCUGGUCUCAGGAGGAGAUGAUCGCCGGGUUCUACUAUGGCACAUGGAACAAGCUAUCCACUCCAGAGUUAAGCCCAUACAACUGAAAGGAGAGCAUCAUUCCAACAUUUUUUGCCUGGCUUUCAACAGUGGGAACACCAAAGUAUUCUCUGGAGGAAAUGAUGAGCAAGUUAUCCUCCAUGAUGUUGAAAGCAGUGAGACCUUAGAUGUGUUUGCUCAUGAAGAUGCGGUGUAUGGCUUGUCAGUGAGCCCAGUGAAUGACAACAUUUUUGCCAGCUCCUCAGAUGAUGGCCGGGUUCUCAUCUGGGACAUCCGGGAAUCUCCCCAUGGAGAGCCCUUCUGCCUGGCCAACUACCCAUCAGCCUUUCACAGUGUCAUGUUCAACCCUGUGGAGCCCAGGUUAUUGGCCACAGCCAAUUCAAAGGAAGGAGUGGGACUCUGGGAUAUUCGAAAACCUCAGAGUUCUCUCCUGCGCUAUGGGGGCAACCUAUCCCUCCAAAGUGCCAUGAGUGUGCGAUUCAACAGCAAUGGGACCCAGCUCCUGGCCCUGAGACGUCGCCUGCCCCCUGUGCUCUAUGACAUCCACUCCCGCCUGCCUGUGUUCCAGUUUGACAAUCAGGGUUACUUCAACUCAUGUACCAUGAAAAGCUGCUGUUUUGCAGGAGAUCGUGACCAGUAUCACAACUGGGAAGGAGAACCCAAGCUGUGAGUUUCCAGCCUUUUCACAGUCUUACUGAGAAUCGAGAUACUGAUGUUGACUUAGAGCUGGCAGUUUAAAAACAUACCUAUACCUUUGCUGUACCUGUCUCUCUUGGCCAUAGAAGUUCUGAAGUGGGUGUCAGUGAAUGGAUCAGUUGGACUGGUCUGAGUAAUCAAGCUGAGUAAAGACAAAUAUAAAGAAAGAUUGAUCAAAUAAAUGGAUAAAUUUUUUUUUCUUCUCAAACACAACAAAUCUUAUUGCCGUUUCACAUCUAGAUUGGAAAAAUAGAAACCUUAGUCUUGCUAAUUCUUAGUGUUCUCUUUGGAUCCAUGAACUAUGUUAAACUUUGACAUAUAAUUCUCACAUGCUGUACUCCACUGCUUUAAAGUUAUUUGUGGGCAAGGGGCAUAAAAGAAACAGUUCUUUGAGCUUGGGAAGACCCUGCUUUUUGAAGGCAGUAGCUAGGGUUUUUCUCCCUAGCUGAGGUAGAGGCUCCCCGACAUCAUAGCUUAAAGAUUAGCAUAUGUAGUAGGAGCACAA